CCCACUUCCCCCUCCGCCCCUCCCCUCACACGAUAACAUUUCAGUUCAUUGUUGUUCUAGUUUUGCAGCGAGGUGGCAAAGUUCUAUUUUUACUCACGUCCAGUGAUCCGUAACACAUUAUGGCUGCAAUUGUGAGGAGCUUCGUUUCAGGAUACCGAUUCUUACUGGAUGAGUAUGCUGAUUCCAGGGUGAAUGACUUCCCUCUGAUGGGGUCACCAGUCCCUAUCCUUGUUGUGAUCUUGGCCUACCAUUACUUUGUCAGUACCCUGGGGCCAAGACUGAUGAAGGAUAGACCACCUCUAGACAUGUACUAUCCCAUGCUAUUGUACAAUUUCCUGCAAAUAGUCAUCAAUGGAGUUUUCGUCUAUAAGGCUUUAAUAAUAGUGUGGCUGCCCAAGAGAUACAGCUUUGUUUGUGAACCUGUUGACUACUCUGACAAUCCAGUAGCUCUUGAGAUUGCUUGGUACACUUGGCUGUAUUUUAUAGUGAAAGUGCUGGAUCUGUUGGAUACUGUGUUCAUGGUUCUGAGAAAGAAGGACAAACAGGUGACAUUCCUCCAUAAAUACCACCACAUCGGCAUGGUCAUCACUGGCUGGGUUGCUACCAAAUAUGUUGCAGGGGGCCACUCUGUGUUCUUCGGCACAGUUAAUUCUUUGGUCCACACCAUCAUGUACUGUUACUACCAAGUCAUGCUGGUGAAGCCUGAGUACAAGAAGGACAUAUGGUGGAAAAAACACAUCACAGAAAUACAACUGGUCCAGUUUAUUGUGACAACGAUGCAUGGCCUUGCAGCACUAUUCAACACUAACUGUGGGUAUCCUAAGUAUCUUCUGGCUUUCUUCAUCCCGCAGGAUGUCUUCAUGUUCUUCCUUUUCAUCGACUUCUACAGAAAGACGUAUUGGUCCAGGAAAUCAAAAGAAGAAGACAAACAAUCUUAGGUGGGAAUCACAUAAACAUUCUCAGAUGUACUUACGAAUCCACUGAACACAGUUUUCAAAAUUGUUAACUUUUCUUCAUAUAAAUUUUGAAAGGUUAUAAGUGAUUCAGACAUUUUCCAUCGUUAUAUGUUAAAAGUGUAACACUAUUUUGUAACAUAUAACGAUGGCAAAUGUUUGAAACCAUAUUAUCUUUUUGGUAACUUUUAAUUUCUGCAUAAAUAGACAAAUUUUCUUCAAUAGACAGUUUUAUAAAAAUCAGGGUGAUUAUCCUAUGUUCCCAUCUAGAAUAAUGUACAAAAAACUGACAAGAUAUAAAUUUAGCAUACAUUUUCAUUCUGUGGAAAAUAGUUAUUGAAGUUGAAUAAUCAAUUAUAUUGUGAUUGGAGAUACAAAAUUUCCUCAAAAGUUUCGUAAUUGAUUUUAAUUUUUAAGGAACAUAUUAUAAUACCUCAAAGUUAUUCUGGAAAUUAAAGAGUAAAAGUUAGUCAUUAACGCUAUUAUAUAACUGAGUUAUUAAAUAUUACAUUUAAAUUUUACAAAAACUCGAACCAUUGCAACAUAUAAUUGUAAAUAAUGUUAUUUUAGGCUAAGUUACAUAUUGUUAGUUCUAAAAGUGUACACGUUUGCUACAUGUGACUGUAUAGUAUAAAAAUAUAUUGUGAUUAAAAUAUAAUAUAUUUUGUUUAUUACACAUAGAUUAUACAACUAUGUAACAGUUAUUUCACAGUUGUUAAAAAUAAAGAGCGUGUGCAAGAGUUAUAUUUUAUUUAUAUUUUUUUAUUUAUUACAUUAUUUUUGCAAUACAUUAAAAAAAUCUAAAACUAUUAAAAAGAAAUAAAUUUUAUAUUACUGUUGACUGUUUAUAUGGAUGGUUCUCAGUAAAUGUUACAAUAAAAAAUCUGUAUUUAGGCCUAUU